UUAAGUCAAAGCAUCGAAGACAGCAAAUAGACAGCAUGAAAUAUUUAGGUCUCAUUUCAAUUUUGUUAUUUGUAAUGACAAACACUUACUUCGUCACCGUAUCCACUGGCCAUCCAAUCGACCAACAGUACAUUUCCUACGACCUCCCUAAGUAUUUUGAAAAGAGGUUGGCAGAAGAUGACGACAUAUUGAACACCUUAAAGACACCAUGGACUGGAAUAAGUUUGACAAAAAGGAACUCGGAAAUAAUCAGUGCUCUGAUGGGAUUACGCAGGGCAAUGGCAAAACAGUACACCGAUCAUCAUGUGUAUUAGUAACAGCUAAAUAUAAAUAACUGUGUAUUAGUAACAGUUAAAUAUAAAUAACUAUAAUUUUUUGUUUAUUACUAAUUCAAUUCCCUUAAUAAUACAAGUGUAAUUCCUUACUUAAGAAACACAUCAUUGAUUUCAUGUAUCUAAAUUAUCGACACAUGGUUUUCUUACAAAAUUCUACAUAGAGAAUGUAACUUAAU